CCCGGGACCCCGGCCGCCCGGGAAGGACUGAGGCCGCAGCCCGCCCUGCCCGGCUCCCUCCGCCGCCGCCUUCGGGACAGAAGAUGCCCUCCAGGAUCCCCCUGCCACCACCGUCCCUGCUGCUGCUGCUUCUGCUGGCCCUGGAACCCAGGGUACGGGGCUGCCCUUACGGUUGCCAGUGCAGCCAGCCACAGACAGUCUUCUGCACUGCCCGCCAAGGGACCACGGUGCCCCGAGACGUGCCACCCGACACAGUGGGCCUGUACGUCUUCGAGAACGGCAUCACUACGCUUGACGCGGGCAGCUUUGCCAGCCUGCCGAGCCUGCAGCUCCUAGACCUGUCACAGAACCAGAUCACCAGCCUGCCUGGUGGGGUCUUCCAGCCACUCGCCAAUCUCAGUAACUUGGACCUGACCGCCAACAGGCUGCGUGAGAUCACCAACGAGACCUUCCGUGGCCUGCGACGCCUCGAGCGCCUCUACCUGGGCAAGAACCGCAUCCGCCACAUCCAGCCCGGUGCCUUCGACGCACUUGACCACCUCCUGGAGCUCAAGCUGCAGGACAACGAGCUGCGGGCGCUGUCCCCACUGCGCCUGCCCCGCCUGCUGCUGCUAGACCUCAGUCGCAACAGCCUCCCGGCCCUGGAGCCUGGCGUCCUGGAGACCGCCAACGUGGAGGCUUUGCGGCUGGCCGGCCUGGGGCUGCAACAGCUGGACGAGGGGCUCUUCAGCAGCCUGCGCAACCUCCAUGACCUGGACGUGUCCGACAACCAGCUGGAACAGGUGCCGCCCGUGAUCCGAGGCCUGCGGGGCCUGACGCGCCUGCGGCUGGCCGGCAACACCCGCAUUGCCCAGCUGCGGCCCGACGACCUGGCCGGCCUGGCCACUCUGCAGGAGCUGGACCUGAGCAACCUGAGCCUGCAGGCCCUGCCAAGCGACCUCUCCGGCCUCUUCCCACGCCUGCGGCUCCUGGCAGCUGCCCGCAACCCCUUCAACUGUGUGUGCCCCUUGAGCUGGUUUGGCCCCUGGGUGCGCGAAAGCCAUGUUACGCUGGCCAGCCCUGAGGAGACGCGCUGCCACUUCCCGCCUAAGAACGCUGGCCGGCUGCUCCUGGAGCUCGACUAUGCUGACUUCGGAUGCCCGGCCACCACCACCACGGCCACAGCGCCCACCACGAGGCCUGCAGUGUGGCAGCCCACCCCCUCACCGUCUAGUUUGGCUCCCACCUGGCCCAGCCUCACGGAGCCAGCCACUGAGGCCCCCAGCCCGCCAUCCACUGCGCCACCAACUGUGGCACCUGUCCCCCAGCCCCAGGACUGCCCUCCGUCCACCUGCCUCAACGGGGGCACCUGCCACCUGGGGGUGCGGCACCACCUGGAGUGCCUGUGCCCCAAGGGCUUCACAGGCCUGUACUGCGAGAACCAGGUAGAGCAGGGGACGCGGCCCAGUCCCACGCCGGCCACCCCAAGGCCACCUCGGCCCCUACCCCUCGGCAUCGAGCCAGUGAGCCCCACCUCCCUGCGUGUGGGGCUGCAGCGCUACCUGCAGGGCAGCACCGUGCAGCUCAGGAGCCUCCGUCUGACCUACAGGAACCUGUCGGGCCCUGACAAGCGGCUGGUGACACUGGGGCUGCCCGCCUCACUUGCAGAGUACACUGUCACCCAGCUGCAGCCCAACGCCACCUACUCCAUCUGCGUCAUGCUCCUGGGACCCGGGCGGGUGCCCGAGGGUGAGGAGGCCUGCGGGGAGGCCCGCACACCCCCAGCCGUCCGCUCCAAUCACGCCCCAGUCACCCAGGCCCGUGAGGGCAACCUGCCACUCCUCAUCGCACCUGCCCUGGCCGCCGUGCUCCUGGCUGCCCUGGCUGCGGCAGGAGCGGCCUACUGUGUGCGGCGGGGGCGGGCUGUGGCAGCAGCGGCUCAGGACAAAGGGCAGGUGGGGCCAGGGGCUGGGCCCCUGGAGCUGGAGGGAGUGAAGGCCCCCUUGGAGCCAGGCCCAAAGGCACCUGAGGGUGGCGGGGAGGCCCUGCCCAGCGGGCCUGAGUGCGAGGUGCCGCUCAUGGGCUAUCCAGGGCCCGGCCUCCAGGGUCCCCUCCACGCCAAGCCCUACAUCUAAGCCUGGGAGAGACACGCAGCCUGGGGGCGGGGCUCUCACCAGGGAGCCGGCCAGCACCCUCCUGCUGCCACCACAAGGAAGUUCUCAGUCCCUCCAGUGGGACACAUGCAGGCUGAGGCUGUGUGACAACCAGUCCCUGCCCCUCUCUGGACCUCAGCCUCAUCUGUGAGAUGCUGGGACCCAGGAAUGCCUGCAAGGACGGCGUCUGCCCAGCCCUCUGCAACGUGCCAUCCCUGGGGCAGGCGCGGCGGGCCCUGCCGUGUGCUGGUAACACAGGCCAGGGCCCUGCUAGGCUCCCUCGGCCCAAGGGGACUCUGGGGCCAGUGAAGGAAGCCCCAGAGGGAGAGCAGCGGGGAUGGGAUGGGGGACAGGCUGUGUGGCUGAAGCCUCAGUCCCAGGAAGCAAAGGAAGAAAAAGAAACUGG